AUUUCUCGUCUCAACUAAGUAUACAUCCGUCUACGAUAAAAUUCAUCACAAUAGACUUUUAGAAGUGCUUCUCAGAUUUCGAUAGAUUCUCAGGCAAGCUUUGAUACUUAUUAUUUACAUAUUUAUCUAACUUUGCUUACAUUAGUAGAACAAAGUCCAAUGAUAGCAUUUGAAUAAUUAUCUAUCUAUUGUAGUGUAUAUAAUAGAAGUUGUGGAUUAAAUACUGUGAUGGUGUAUUGAGUAUUUUCAAAAUGUUACACGCUCAGACCUCAUUAUGUGUUACCUUAAUAUCUGUAUUGAUUACUGUCAACUGUAAACUUAUUGAAGACGCUACUAUAGUUCAGUUACCAAAAGGUAAAAUUCGGGGACAUAUUUUGAAAAGCGCUAAUAAUAAGGAUUUUUAUGCUUUCCAAGAAAUUCCCUACGCUGCUCCUCCAGUAGGACAAAACAGAUUCAAAUUACCUAAAGAACCUGAAGCUUGGAAUGACGUACUUGAUACAACGAAAAAUACAAAAAUUUGUUACCAGUACGCGACCCGCUAUCAUAAUUUAGAAAUUACAGAAGACUGUUUGUAUUUGAAUGUUUACACUCCACGGAUUCCAGGAAGUGGUGAUUUACUUCCAGUUUUAUUUUAUAUUCAUGGUGGAAGUUUGGUAAACGAUUCAGGAACUAUCGAAUAUUACGGACCAAAAUAUUUGAUUGAUCAUGAAGUUGUUAUAGUGACUAUCAACUACCGCAUGGGUCCUUUUGGAUUCGUCGGAACUAAUGAUGGUGUUAUUCCAUUGAAUCUUGGGUUUAAAGAUCAAGUAUUGGCUAUCGAAUGGGUGAAUCAGAACAUACAUUUGUUUGGUGGUGACCCAGAUAGCGUGACUUUAGUCGGACAAAGUGCUGGAUCUCUGUCAGUUGGGUAUCACCUUAUUGGACCAUGGAAUAACGGAAAGCAGUUAUUCCAUGGGGUUAUCAUGCAAAGCGGUACCCCGGUAUCAGGUUUAUUGGAACAACAACCGGGUACUGAAACAGAAACAGCUUUUCAGCUUGGUAGAGCUAUUGAUCCGUCGUUUACCUCAAAUAACACCAAAGAUUUAUUGAAUUUACUUCUAGAUGCCGAUGCACACGAUCUUAUGUGGACACACAUUGUUGGUGGCGCUGCUCUUGAAAGAGAUGGUCCAUUUUCUUAUCUACCGCUGCAGUCUUUCAUAGAUGGAAAUUAUAAGAAGGUUCCGGUAUUACUAGGCUUCAAUUCUGAAGAAUGGUUGUUUGCUUAUUUCGAUUUGACCAAUGAGUUUUUGGAAACAGUAGAUCAGAAUCCUGAUUUGUUAAUACGAUCGCUACUAAAUAUGUCUACUGAAAACAGGCGCAUUGCGGGAAAGCUAUUACAACAACUCUAUACGAAAAAUAAAACUUUUGUUCAGGAUUGGGGUGCGUACGUACGGUAUAUAACUGACGAAUACUUCACUACAGGAAUUUUUAAACAAGUAGAAUUGGCGUCUUCGCACGUUCCAUACUACCUAUACAAAUUUUCUUAUAAAGGAUAUCUUGGUGAACAAAUGGAUAUGUUGCCAUAUUUACCCGCAGAUGUAGAGACUGUCGCUCAUGCUGAAGAAGUAACCUACAUGUGGGAUAACGGCAGCAAUAGUGACCUAAGUCAAUUUCCCAGAGAAGACGUGUUAAUGUCACAACGUUUCCUCAAGCUCUGGACCAAUUUUGUCAGAUACCAUAACCCAACUCCAGAGGUAGAUACUUUAUUUGACAAUGUGAUUUGGGAGAAAUCGAAUGCCAGUAUUAAAUAUUUGAAUAUCAACGAAACUUUUGCUAUGCAAGAAUAUCCAAGACAAUUUGAAGCUGUGAAAAGGAUCAAAGAAACCUAUAUGGAACGACCUUAUAAUUGUAUAUGAGAGAUACUAUUUCGAAUUACCUAUUUAAUUUUAGAUCAAUAAAUAAAGAAUAUUAAAACGAAA